GCUGCUUCCAAGCGUGAAAGGGGACGGAGGGGAGGCGAUAUCUGCGGUCCUUUUUUCUCCUCUUCACCUCCCUCUGCUUUUUAUACCUAUUGCACGCUCGGCUAGCACCAGAGCCCCCUCACCUCCCAGCACACCUGUACUCUUUCCUUUUCCAUAAUUUAUACACCCCCUCAGUCUUGCAGUAUGGACGAUUACCAGGAGCUGAAUCCUCACAUGGGCAUGAGCCACAGCAGCGCGCUGUCCUCAGCAGCACUGCCGCGGUACACACAACACCACCAGAUGGCGCCUGCCUACACGCAACCACACUCGCAGUAUCAGAUGGCCAUCGGCAACGGCCACCACCAGCAUAUAAGCAACAGCACCAGCAGUGGCGGACAGCCACUGGCCCAGGCAGGGUACGAGUGGAGCCGGGGGUACUCGGCUACAACAGGCCAGGCCCACAUCCAGGACAUAUCAGGCAUGCAGGCAACCGCAACCAAGAGUGGCGCCCAAUCGCUGCGCAGCAAAGUGACGGAGCGUCUGCAGCAGAUAGACCGCGAGGUGUUUGAGUCUGAGGCAAGAGCAUACGAGCAAAAGAGCGAGGAGAUCCAGAGCGAGCUGGCGCAGAUUCUGCGCGGGGCACACCCGGUGUUCAUCGAGGGCGUCGCGCGGCUUUCGGCGGAGCGCGACCGCAUGCUGACGGCGGCCGAGCAGAACCACAGGUACCUGGUGGAUCUGUACGAGCGGACGUUCCAGCACGACCGCGAGGUUACCGAGAAGGCGUACCGGGCUGAGAAGCAGGCCAUCUACGACAAGAUUGCAACCGAUAUCGAGGACCGGCGGCGGCGGCUCAAGGAGGAGAAGGACAGCCUGGAUAUCAGCAUGGACUUUGUGUUUGACCCGAGCGCGCGCACGUCGUCAAAGCGCAACCUGCGCAAGCGCGGCAACGACACGCUGGGGCUGGGCGAGCCCACCGGCCGCCAUCCAGGCAAGCGCAAGAACAACCAGGUGUUUGGCGUCCAGGGCAUUCCCGAAGACGACAUUAUCAGCGAUCUGGUGGCUAUUCGCCGCGCCACUGGCGUUACCGGCCCGCUGGGCAACGGCAACUCGGGAAAAAAGGGCCACAAGGGCCACAAGCGGUGAGAGGGGAGGCGCUCGCCUUCUUACAAAACUUGUACCAUUCGUCAACCCACCUAAUAUUCUGAGUCACCGG